AUGGCGGGGAGCACUAAGAGGGAAGCAGCGCUCUGCCCUGAUCCCUGGGUUCACUGCAAUUUCUCUUGCUCCUUUGAUGUGGACUUCUGCUCCUGGAGGCAGCUGCCCUCAGACACAUUUGACUGGAAGCGGCACAAAGGCCCCACGCCCUCAACAGACACUGGACCGCCCUAUGACCACACUUCAAGAGGGGGCUAUUUCAUUUACCUGCAAGGAAAUGCUGUCAGCCCAGGAGAUGCAACCCACCUGGCCAGCCCCACCUGCACUUCCCGCAGCCCUCGCUGUCUCUCCUUCUGGUACCACAUGUAUGGCGCGGCACAAGCAAUGGCUCUGCGAGUUUAUGUGGUGUUUAAAGGUGCGUCACCUCGGCUGAUCUGGACCCGAACUGGGAACAAAGGCAACCAAUGGCACAGAGCGGAAGUCAGCGUGUCUCCCAGGGAAGAAAUGCAGAUAGUCCUGGAAGGCAGGCGAGGGGAAGACUUCCGCAGUGAUGUGGCUGUGGAUGACAUCUCCAUGGAAGAGGGGUAUUGUCCAGGACAUACACCAGCAACAUCCACCCCGGCCACCACCAGCAGACCAGCCACACUGAUCCCAGAAACAUCGGCAGCAACCUCACAUCGCAGCUCCUCCGCCAGCACCACAAUCAGACCAGCCCCUCCUACCACACAAACAUUGUCAACCACCUCAUUUCGCACCUCUAACACCACGAUCAGAACAGCCCCUCCUACCACAGAGCCUUGCCUUCAGCCAGAUUUGUCUUGUUCCUUUGACUUGGACUUCUGCUCCUGGAGACAAAUGGCCUCCAACAGUUUUAACUGGACGCGGCACAAAGGUCCGACACACACAGCAGAUACUGGACCGUCCUCCAACCACACCACAGGAGAGGGCUAUUUCAUCUACCUGCAAGGCCAUGUGGCCAAAGAAGGGGAUGCAACACGCCUGGCCAGUCCUUUCUACACCUUCACCAGGCCCCACUGCUUCUCUUUCUGGUACCACAUGCGCGGUGCGGCCCAAAGAAAUGCCCUGCGAGUCUAUUUGGCCUUUGAGGGCGGAUCCCGUGAGCUGAUCUGGUCACAGUCUGGGAACAAAGGGGACCAGUGGCACAGAGGCGAAGUCAGCAUGCCUCAAGGGAAGAAAGCACAGAUAAUCGUGGAAGGCGAGCCGGGGGAAGACGUCCACAGUGACGUGGCUGUGGAUGACUUCUCCAUGGAGGAGGGAGAUUGCCCAGCUCCUCUCUUCACCACCCCACUCUGGACAGCCAUGCCAACUCAGGCACCAGGGAUGGACCACCUGGUCCCUUAG